CCCACCAAUCCCUUCCAGGUUAAGGCUCCUGCCCGACGUCUCCCUCCCGGCGCAUAAAACCAAGCGCGCUCCACACUCCCCGAGCUCCAGCCGAGGAACAAAGCACCCGAACCCCAAAAGGAGCGAGCACCGAGCAGCUCAGAACAAAAAACAAAAGGUCAUGGCGGCGAAAGCACCCUCCUUCCCCCGCCGCUGCUAAGCAAGCUAGCUGCACAAAAGCCCCCCCACCCAUGGGUGCGGCGCGCCCGCGCCGCUGGAAGCUGCCGUUCCACCGCGCCACCAGCGGCGGCACCAGCGCGCCGUGCUCGCCGUCGUCCAGGUCGUCCGCGGCGCCGGCGCCCGCCUCGCCGGCGCGGUCGGAGGCGUGGGCGGCGGAGGCGGUGCCGGAGGAGUUCCUGUGCCCGAUCUCCGGCGCGCUGAUGGCGGACCCGGUCAUCCUGCCGUCCGGGAAGACCUACGAGCGGGCGUGCCUCCAGGCCUGCGCGGAGCUCGCCUUCCUGCCCCCCGGCGUGGACCCCGGGGGCGCCGGGACGAUGAUUCCUAACGCCGCGCUCAGGGCGGCCAUCGGCACCUGGUGCGCGCGCGCCGGCCGGGCCCCGCCGGCGCCGCCGUCGGCCCAGGCGGCGCGGGAGGCCGUGCUGCGCGCGAUGCCCCCGGCGGCCGCGGCCAAGUCCGUGAGGACCACGGCCAGGCGCGCCGCGGCGCUGGCGGCGAGCUCGUCCAAUUCGUCGUACUCGUCGCCGGCGUCAACCUCGUCGUACGGGUCGUCCUCGGAGAUAGUCCCGGCGGAGGAGGAGGACGGCGGGAGCGCGCGGCCCGUCAAGGACGCCGCGCCGCAGCCGCGGAUAGUGAGGGAGGUGGAGGUGGAGGCGGAGCCGGUCGACCCGCUGGAGGACGACGUGGUGGGCAAGGUCUUGGAUGCGGACGAGGACGGGGUCGUCGCGGCGGCGAUGGGCGCGCUCCGCGAGGCCACGCGGGAGAGCGCGGAGCGGCGGCGCGCGCUGUGCACGCCGCGACUCCUCGGCGCGCUGCGGCGGGUGCUGCUGCUCCCGCGCCACGCGGCCGCGCGGGUGGACGCGGCGGCCGCGCUCGUCAACCUCUCCCUGGAGCCGGCCAACAAGGUCCGCAUCGUGCGCGCGGGCGCCGUGCCGGCGCUCGUGGAGGUGCUCCGGUCGGGGGCCUCGGCGCCCGAGGCCCGGGAGCACGCGGCGGGGGCGCUGUUCGGGCUGGCGCUCCACGAGGACAACCGCGCCGCCAUCGGCGUGCUGGGCGCGGUGCCCCCGCUCCUCGACCUCCUCACCUCGCCGGCCCACCCGCCCCGCGCGCGCCGCGACGCCGGGAUGGCGCUCUACCACCUCUCUCUCGCCGCGGUCAACCAGUCCAAGGUGGCGCGCUUCCCGGGCGCGCCCAAGGCGCUGCUGGCCGUGGCCUCCGGCGCCGCCGAGCCGGGCCCCAUCCGCCGGCUGGCGCUCAUGGUGGCCUGCAACGUGGCUGCCUGCGCCGAGGGCCGCGCCGCGCUCAUGGACGCGGGCGCCGUGGCGUCCGUCGCGGGCAUCCUCGACGGCGCCACCGGCGGGGGCGGCGCCGCGGACCUGGAGGAGUGGUGCGUGUCGGCGAUGUACGCCAUGAGCCGCGGCAGCCUCCGGUUCCGCGGCCUGGCGCGCGCCGCGGGGGCGGACCGGGCGCUCCGGCGCGUGGUGGCGGACGAGGGCGCCGGCGUCCGGCGCGAGAUGGCGCGCAAGACGCUGCGCGCCAUGCGGGGCGACCUGGACGAGGACGGCGAGUGCAACGACCUGACGGGGAGCAGCCUGGAGUGCGGCGACGGCGAGGACUGUGGCGGGAGCAUCGUGUCGGACGGGCUCAUGUCGUUCCGGCGCCGGCAGCGCGAGCUCGGCGUCUCGUCCGGCGGCAACACGGCAGAGUUCUGACGACCGCAUCCUCCGCCGAGCGGCCGAUCCCCGGGCCCGUUCCCCAUUCUGAUGAAUGUUUUGUAUGUAAAUUGCUUUGCUUUAGGUUCGCAUUACUCACAGCGUUAGAACAUUACAUCCGUGCCGUGCCGUGUGGUGAGAUCAGAGUUCAGAGAUGAUGAAAAUGUCCAUGGUUUUUGGAACGGUGGCAACUGCACUUGUGAUCCGUGAGACUGACUCUGAGAGCGAAGCCCGGCCGUGCUGUGUGUUCUCCCUGUGUUGGUGGCGAUCUGGUGUCGAAACGGCAUGUGUAAAGGGUGCCAUUGCCACCGGCUCGUGUGCCGGACAAGGCGCGGGGUGGAUGUUGCUUGCAAGUCAGAGCAUGCCUUUGUUCUAUC